GGCUGGAGGCUGGCCGCUGUAGUUCCCGCAUCUGACGCAUCGGCCCGUCGGCGCCCCUGGCGAUGGGCAGUCCUCUCAAGCCUCCAGCUCCCAGCUCCUCCAGCUCCAGCUCCAGCAAGCAGCACAUCUCCAGGAGGAGGCUCAUCAUCAUCAUAACAUGGCGGUGAUGAAGUCCAACACCAGCUCAGUUUACUUCACGAACGCCUCCCAUUCCAAAAAUGGAAUCAAGAGGGAAAGGCUUUCUUUCUCCAAUCUCGACGCUGGACUCAUCGUGUUCUCCAUGACCACCAUUAUCGCGCACCUUGUUACAGACACCAUUCUUGUUAUUACUUAUUACCUUGCGGGUCACAGUUUCUGGGCAUUUAGUACAAUUGCUUUAGCUGUUAUACCUGCCUCGAUAAUACAGGCAUUCAGUAUACGCUGGCAUGUUCUUGAUGAUGCCGCAUCAAUUCCCAAAUGGCUGAGCCAUUGUUGCCUUCUUGGCAUACUUUUUAGGCAUGUAGAUGCGCUCCAAACAGGAUUAGAAGCUAGACGAAGUGGAGAUGUGGCUGAUUUCCAAUCACUAUUUCACCAACAGAGCGAUAUUAGUAUGCUGCAACUAUUUGAGUCUUUCAUGAAAUCUGCCCCUCAACUUGUCUUGCAAGUGUAUAUCAUGGUACAAAUUCGUGAUUGGGGGCCAUGGACAGGUCUGUCUGCCGGUGCAUCAUUGAUAUCACUUGCAUGGGCAAUGGCAGCCUAUACACAUGCAAUGCGACAAGCACGUCCAGACAAGCAAAAGGCUUCUAUACCUGGACUUGCUUUGCAAGCAGUAUGGCGAACUGGACUCCUUGCUGCCCGCAUCACUGCCCUGGUUCUUUUUGCAAUAUGCUGCCAAGCUUGGCUGUUUUUAUUGCUAGGUCUUCACUGGCUUGGAAUGACUGUCUGGGUGGUGCUCCAGAAAACUGACUUGUGCUCAACACCCUGGGAGGAGUGUGCAUACAAUGGUGUUGUUGGUGUAGUAUACUGUUUCUGCUUCUUUAAUCUCCGAGAGGGACGGGCAAGGGGUCGGAUGUUAGCCUUCUAUGUUGUUACUGUCACACAAAAUCUUGCCUGCCUCUACCUGUUCUUGGCUCUGGCUCAACAUACACACCCAGUCCUUGCUACUGUGGCUGCAGGAACAGUUGUUGGUGGGACCAUGAUCGGCUUGAGCGCAAUGCUUACAUACUAUCGAUUUUUCCAUCCAUCAGGCCCUAUCACUUUAUUUGGGCCUGCAGUUGUACCUUCUGGUUCUCAUGCACAGCCCAAGCUCAAUGUUGAAGGGAGCGAGGUGCAGACGGUUGUUACCAUCCAGUCGCAAGCAAUCGUCGAGAGAUCAACAAAUUUACAGGUCCCUGUGGUAUACUCCCAAACUUCACAUAUGCCUAGUGACGUUGAAAAAUCAAAUUCUCUUCGAUCUCUCAAGCAUUUGUGGAGUGUUGAUAGGGAUGGAUCCCUUUCAAGCCGGUCAGAUGAAGCUCCUGCUCUGGGGGGAUCACCUCAGCCAGAUGAUGGAUGCACUGAUAGGAGAAUGUUACUCUCUUCACGAGCAUCAACGCGUCGUCCAGUCUCCACCGACAGUAUCCAAAUACCAUCAACUAUUCAAGCAGAGCAGUCUAAACAAUCAACCUUCACUGUUCUAUCAGGCCCCAAUGGUGGUUUGUCCCAGUUGAGUAUUGGCCAAUCCAUUGGAUCAAAUUUAACAUCUCGAUCAACUCUAAACUCACAACCUCCGCAGUCUCCCACCACCAACCAUGAAGGCUGGUCUUCCAAUUCAAAUCAGUCAGUUCAUUCGAGCAAUGCGUCACAUUCCUCAGCAGUGGGCCUUUCCAAUCAGUCUGCUCCUCAGUCAGUAAGGUCUGCUCAUGCUGAAGAAACCAGUCUCCAGGCAACUGUAGUUGACAUUGAUGAUUCUAAAUUAUCAUGGAACUGUACAAGCAUGAUGGAAGAUACACAGCAAAGUGAAAUAAUUGAAAUUAUUUCCUCGAAAGCAGAAAUUAUCAGUACCACUGGUUUGAAUAAGAGACGUGGAAUUUGUUCUUCAGUAGAGCUUGGUCUGGAUAAAUUAGAACAAGACGAAAAAGAUACUCAGUCGACACAACCAGAUAGCACGCCUCCAAAGCAUGAGAAAAUUGAUGAUAGUUUUGCUCGAUUGUGUCAUAAACUGGUUGCCAAUGCUGAAGUGAAACAGCUUGGUUCCAUUGAGUUGGUCAAGAAAGAAAUGGAAAGAAGAUUAACCAACUUCCCAGGAAAAGAAGAAAAACGUGAAUCAGACUACAUUGAUUCCAAACAAUCUGGUAUAUCAAGUGAUGGGACUCCAAGUGAAGUUUUGUCUGCUCAUGAUUAUGAAAAUAUUUGUGCGGUUAAUAUAGCAAGGGAAGCAUGGGGGCUGAGGUCAUGGGGUGGCUACUCUGAUAUAGAAACAUGGCUGCAUGAUGAUAGUGUUGUGAGAGACCGGCGAAGAGAUACCCUUGUCAGCAUGUGCACUACAACUACUGCUUCCUCAGAGAAAUCUACGACAAGUGAAUCUCCUCCACCUGUUCGUCAACAUUGGGAGAAUUGUGAUACAAGUGCUCCACCUUUGCCCUGUCGCAGACCACGACCGUCAUAUAAUAGAAUGGAUGAUUAUUUAGAUACCUUAGCUUAUGACCUUGCUGAGAUUGAGCAGAGGGAGGUUGGCUCAAAUGUUGUAGUCAAUUCUCAAGACAAUGUGUUUGUAGCCCAGCCAUAUGUUGUAGACCAGCAUGGAGUCUUGUAUCCAUUACCAGCAUCAUUGGAUACUAUUUUGGAGGAGUUAGAAGAGUCGAAUGUAAGUGCGGGCACAGUGACUGCUGCAGACAUUGGUUCGACUGCACCAGGUUGGGCUAGCUCUUUGGUUGCUACAAUAGAUGAAAUCAGAAUGGGUACCUGCAAUCCCUUGGAUGAUACUGCGACUGUUUCUGAAUCGGACUUUGAAGUUGGCAGUUACAGAUCAUUGCAACUGGACGCAACUAUGACGACAACUGCACCAUGUCAGGAAAGUCCCAAAGGAACGCACAGAGGUUCGCAACGUUUCUCAAACAGUUUACCAUCUCUACUGCAGGCUCCUAGAUCAUGGUCGCAUCUAACACCAGAAGAGGUUCUUUUCUUAUCUGAGCUGAAACCUCAGCCAGAGAGUGAAGGGAACACUGAACCAAAGUGUUCACCUUUAAGAUUCAAUACUGAAACACAAGGCAGCCAAAGAAAACAUGGAAAGAGGCCUCGUAGAAAGUUUUCCAUUUUAAGAGAAAAGUUCGAGCCUAAAUGGGAAAGAGUUAAUGUUGAAAGAGUCCAUAAUGUUCAGAAUAAAUUGGAACAGAGUAGUAAUAACAUUGAUAGAAGCUUUGUUGCGAAAAGAAGUGAUUUUGUAAACAAAAGAAAAUUUAUUGGUUUGAGAAAUCAAAAUUACAGUAAUGAUGCUAUUCAGAUUAAAAGUGAGUCUCCUUCUACAGUGAGUCCCUUGAAAGAAGCUGAUCUUAAAAAUACUGUCUGGCCAAGUACAGGGAAGACAUUGUCCCUCAAAAGUGAUACAUUACUGCAACAAGUUCUAGCUCAACCAAAGUUUGUGCCUCACAACAAAAAGUUAGUUCUUGACAGUAAUGCCUCAGCAUGACUAAUAUAGCUAAAUGUAAAUUUAUAUAAGAUUCUCUGGCUGUAGUGCAUGAUAAAUACUUUCAAAAACUUAGAGAUGUCUAUCAUUGUUAAGACAAGGCUUCCAGAAAAUUAUAAGCAGGUUCUGCUCUUGCUCAUAUGUUACCAAAGCCCUUUAUCUAAAUUACUCAAGAGUUCACUUUGCCCAUUGAAGGUUCUGUUUUUAAGUGAAGCCAUCAUAUCUAUGCUUAUAGGUAAAACUUAAAUGACAAUGGCUUGAGAAAUCUAUUUGGUUCCAUCUUAUUUUUGGUGCCCUCUAUAUUUGUAAAUGUAUAUUUUAUUAUCAAUCAUUUAGAAUAAGGAUGAUAACUGUACAUACUGAAAAGCAUUUUUAAACUUUGGUAUGUUGCAAAUUUGAAUUGGUAUUUAUUAUUCAGUGAACACAUUAACUGUACACAUCUAGAUCAUUGUUGCUGUAAAUGAGUAUUUUUCAAUUUACUUGUGUUUUCAUUGUUGAAGUUAACUUAUUUUUAGACCAAGUAUAUUGAUGUUUUAAAUGUUUUGAUAUUUUUUAUUAAAAAGAUCGUUGACCCCACUUCAUUUCAUGGACAUGGAGUAAAGACUUGCAUUUGUCAUUUAUCUUCUGCCAUGUUACCAGAAUAAGUUGUGUUGUCAUUCAAAUUUACUGUGACUGCUUAUCUUUGAAAGCACAAAUUAUAUUUUUGUAAGUAGCUCUGUAUUUUAUAAUUUAUUUUUAUCUUGUAAAAGGUACGCAUCUCAUUUGUAUGCCAUUACUGCUGCCAUAUACACAGUUGUCAAAGUAAUGUUGUAUUUUGAUGGUUUUUUUUUCUUAAUUAUUAACUGAUGUUGCCAUGAUUGCUCAUUCAAAGGUCUGUGCAUAUUUUUUAUGAACUACAUUUAUUUUUUAAAUGCUGAACUGUGUCCUUCAGUUGAUUAAUACCAUAGUGUGCAUGGUAUAUUGUUAGUAUUUGUUAAAGAUCUCAUUUUGCAUUUUGCCCUUGAGAAUGCCCUUAUGAUUGACAUGUUUUGAUGUUUAGUUGGCAAAUAUGAAUGGUCUGUGAUACAAAAAUUAAUAACUAACGCAGAUUGACUAUCUGCACCUUCUUGUUUCUAUUCCUUUUUGAUAGAAGAGUGCCAAAUGUUCAACGAGUGUGAUGGAUUUGUUAAACUAUUUUGCUCAAGUAUCCCAUUUUCUCUAUCUAAAUUAUUCAAAAUAUUGGAUUCUCUUUUGAGACCAGCUCAGCACUAGAUAUGCUAUCUUAGUAUUCCAGAUAGUUAUUGGUCACAUGGGUUCUAUCAAUUUGACACUCUCACAUAUGUUUGUUAGUUUGUAAUAAAGAUAGCUCUGCAUGUUUUUGUGAA